UAAUAACUGAAGCAAGAUAUAUUAGAAAUUGAAUGAAAGCACGUGUUCAAUGAAUACACGUGGCAAUUUUGGCGGGAAAUGAGUAACUUGUGCGACACGAGUGUUUCUAACCUUAAUUUCUACGUUUGUUUACGUGAACGUUUAAAAUGUUGAAAGAAUUUCUAUUAAAAAAUCAUCAAGAGGAACUUCAAGAAAUUUUAGACAACAUAGAUUCUACUUGUUACUACUCGAUCUACGUAAAUUUUGUGUCACUAUUUGAGGAUGAUGCAGAUAUAGCACAGAAAAUUUUACAAUAUCCGAGAUAUUAUUUACCACAUUGCGACAAAUCAGCAGUGGAGGCGCAAGAAGAAAUAGCAAAACCGGAGCAAAUUGUUAAGACAAAAGUUCGAAUUAGAGUCACUGCUGUGCCAGUUACGCAGAAUCAGGGACAAAUUGGCCAAUUAGUCUCAACAAGUGGCAUCAUUGUUAGGAUCUCGCAACCAACAAUAUUAAAAACUGUUCAGAGACUUAUUUGUACAGAGUGCAAACAUGUUACUUUUGCUAAUUAUGAAUGGGAGAGACAGGCUUUUGCAGACAUUACAAACUGCGAAGAGUGUCAUGCAUCAAAAUUGAAGCCUGUAUCUGGUUUUGAUCUAGAGGAUUCUUCAGAUUGCCAGGAAAUAGGGUUGCAAGAAAAGAGUAAGACAGAUUCAAAUGUGAUUUUGACAGAGGAAUUGAGAGUUACGUUACUAAAUGAUUUAGUUGAUAAAUGUAGACCAGGAGAUCAUGUUGAGAUUAGUGGCGUUGUAGUAAGAAUUUGGAGUUCCUUAGAGGUUGGUGAACGUUUAGAAGCAACGACGAUAAUGCUAGCAAAUAGCAUCGCAGUACGACGAAAAAUAUGUGAUACCUCGUCUUCGCAAGAGACGAAGGACGUUUUCAAGGAUUAUUGGGAAAAAUAUAGCGAUAAUCCUUUGCUUGGUAGAGACAAUAUUUUUGCAUCUAUUUGCCCACUGGUAUCCACUCAUUUACAAUAUAAAUUAACAAAAAAUUAUAUGUAUAGCGUCAUUUAUGCGAAAACUUAUUUUAAGCUCUACGGCAUGUAUACUGCAAAACUGGCGUUAGCUGUCGUUCUAGCUGGUGGUGUGUCAAAAUGUAACGAAAGCGGGACACGUGUACGAGGAGAACCUCAUCUUCUGUUGGUCGGUGAUCCUGGAACUGGCAAAUCCCAAUUGCUUCGUGCGGCUUCUCGUUUGGCUGUAAGAUCUGUUCUUACAACCGGCGUUGGAUCGACUGCAGCUGGUCUCACAGCAACUGCAGUCAGAGAUUCAGAAGGUUGGCAUUUAGAAGCUGGAGCUCUAGUGUUAGCCGAUGGAGGAGUCUGCUGCGUGGACGAGUUCACAACCAUGAGCUCGCAGGACAGAACAUCCGUUCACGAGGCUAUGGAACAGCAAACGAUAUCAAUCGCCAAAGCUGGGUUAGUUAGCACGUUAAACUCCAGAUGCUCGGUGAUCGCGGCGAUUAAUCCAACUGGUGGCCAAUUUACCGAGGACGAGGAAUGGCAAACGAAUCUAGGAGAUCCACUUUUAUCUCGUUUCGAUAUAAUCCUGCUUUUGAAAGACAAUAGAAAUCCAGAGUGGGACAAGCUGACAUCCGAUCACAUUCUGAGGGCUGCUUACGAAAAGAAAGAGAACAUUGUUCAAACAGACUCGAAAAGUCACAUAGAACUUUUAAGAAGCGAAAACUUAUGGAAAGAGGAUAUUUUACGAGAAUACUUGGCUCAUGUGCAUUCCUUGCAGCCGAAACUAACGAAGGAAGCGGAAAUGGUACUUCGAGCGACGUAUCUUUAUCACAGGUCUCAUCCAGAUAGAAGGGAAGAAAGAACAACGGUUCGGCUUUUGGACAGUCUUAUUAGGCUAGCCGAAGGACACGCUAGAAUAAUGUACAGAUCAAAUAUAGAAAUGAUAGACGCUAUAUUCGUGGCGAAAUUAGUUGGAACGGGAUCUACGUUCGAGACGAAUCUUGGUUGUCCGUUUCCAACCGAUCCGAUGGCCACCUAUCGAUCUGAAGGUAAAAAAUUGUUGAGCACUAUUGGUUUAGAGAGUUUGGAAUAUUUAUUGUAAGUAUUAUAUGGAGAAGUUCUUUGUGCUAAUCGUUGGAGUAAAAGAGAUCUCUUCUAUUUUUUUUUUUUUUUUUUUUUUUUUUUAUGAAUAAACUAAAUUUUUAUUUGUCACUUUUCAUUUCUCUCUCUCUCUCUCUCUCUCUCUCUCUCUCAACCUUUCUGCUGCUUACAUAAGUACAAAUGUAUCAGCGCGUAUUUAUAAAAUUUAAACAACAUUUCCUUCUUAUUUUUCGUUUUUUAUUCUCAUACAAAACAAAGUAUUUCAUUAUUGAUUGCUAUACAAUAAAGAUGUGUGAUAAUCGUUGCAAUCAAUUUAAAUCGCGUUGUCACGUAAAAAAUAUAUUGAUAAGGGACGUGAUAUCUCUAUUUGAUUAAACUCUCAAUAAAUAACAAAGAUUCAUCAACUUUUUUCCUAUAUUUCCAAACAUUUUCCUUUUCUUCUUUUUUAUUUGACGUAAAAUCCAUUGAGACGUUUAAAUUAAAUCCAAUAAAGUAAUAACAGUGAUAUAACCAAAUUUUCGUACUCUAUAAAUAAUUUAUCGACAAUUAAUAAAUAAUUAAACAUGUGUAAAAGUAAA